AUGUCAAUGUAUACAACAAACGUUCGUCCUCCAACAUUUUAUCAUCAUUAUACAACUCAAUAUUUUCAUGCUGCACCUCAGGGUCAACCUCGUGUAGGUAAAUAUGGUGGUGAUCGUCAGUUAGUGACUUCAUCUGAAGAUUCAUAUUCAUUUCGUACAUUUGGUAUAAUACUUGGUGCUUUAAUUCUAUUUUUUACACUUGCUUUAUUUUCAACGGAACUUGGAAGACUUUACUCAGGUUCAAAUAAUCGUGGACGAAAUGAUUCAAAUGUAACCUAUGAAUAUUUAAUGUAUCCAGAAAGAACAAUUGAUAUCAAUGGUUAUUAUUACAAUCCAAAAAUUGAAAAUCGUUGGAUGUGGCCAUGGUCCACUGCUACACUUCUAUUUGGUUUAAUAUUCUUUGCUACAGGUGUAUUAGGUAUAGUUAGUGGUCUACGAGAAAGUUAUUCAACGAUUCUAUCAUUUUUUGUUUGUUCAUUAUUAUCAAUAUGUUUAACAAUAUUUUUAAUUGCAACAUAUUCAACAAUAAUAGCUGGAUGGAAAAGUAUAUAUGGAACAAGUGAUGGAGAUUUAAUGACACGUUAUACACGUAUUGAUAGAGAUCUAUCAAUUGUUUGUUUAUCAAUGUCGUGUGUUUUAUUUCUUGUUUUCUUAGCUAGUAUGAUUUUAUCAGGUGGUACUAUUGAUUUAUGUACACGAAAAAAUUUUUCACAUGGUGAAAAUACUCCUGAAAAUUAA